AUGGAAAGAAAGAGAAUCAAUGUCCUACGUGUGCAGGAAACCAAAUGGAAGGGAAAGAAAGCUAAAGAGAUAGGGCAGGGCUACAAGCUGUUCUACAAUGGUGAUGGUAAUAGAAGGAAUGGAGUUGUUAUUGUGCUGGACUCAAGUCUGAAGGAGGGAGUGUUAGAGGUGAGCAGGGUGUCAGACCGGCUGAUAGCAGUGAAAGUGAGCAUAGAAGGGCUGAUAGUCAACAUCGUUAGUGCUUACGCACACAUGCCUGGCUGUGAAGAGGAAGAAAAGGUGGAGUUUUGGAGACUAGGUGACUACCUCAGUUCAGUAGAGGAAAGAGAGGAGCUGUGGUUGGGUGGGGACGUAAAUGGACAUGUAGGAAGUGGCAACAUCGGUGCGGAAGAAGUCAUGGGAAGACACGGACAUGGAGAAAGAAAUGAUCAAGGUGACCAGAUCCUCAGCAUAGCAGGAAUGUUUGGACUGGUGGUAGUUAACACUGACUUCUCUAAACCGGAAGCAAAGAAAGUUACCUACUCCAGUGGAGGUAGAAAGUCACAAAUUGAUUAUAUCAUGACUAGGCGGAGGAGUCUGAAAACCCUCAGAGACUAA